GUAAUUUCCGCCCGGCCAGGUCACCUCGCUGCCCGCUGGCUCUGCUCUUUGCCUUGACUUUCGAGGCUUCCAUUCUCUUUUAUUUCGCUCUUUUCUCUCCAAUAAACCAAUUCUUGUAUUCCAGUCCAGACUGUCGCUCGACCGACUCACAAACGCUGCGUAAAUGGCCGGUCCCAUUCACUACCCGAACCCGCCCCUCGCGGGCAAGCCUCCCUUUGCCACAGACGAACCCGACGAAUACUUUGACCAGCAGCCGCAGCCGCAGCGCAGGGUCAGGCAGCAGCCCGCCGACCCCAACGCCCGCUCGUCCGCUUACAACGUAUACGACAACUACCUCGAGCGCGGCAACCGCGACUCGGGCGUCGGCGCGCUCGGCGCAGGCCUCAUGAACGGCGCCGUCGACGACGACGACGACGACCCGCGCAACCCCUUCCAGAACGCGCACGCCGUCGCCCCCUCCGCGCCCAUCGCCCAGCCCAAGCCGGGCUACGCCGCGCCCACGCCCGCGCAGCUCCUCGCGCGCCCCGCGCCCGCCGCGUCCCGCGAGAUGUCCGAGGUCGGCCCCGGCCCGCGCGUCGUCAUCCCCCCGCCCGCGCCCAUCGCCGUCCCCAGCACGCCGCACCCGCUGCAGCCCCCGAUGACGCCCAUCACGCCCGUGUUCGCGCGCCCGCGCAAGGCGAGCGGGGACGACGCCGGCGGGGUCAAGUUCGAGACGAGCCAGCUGCGCCCGGGCAUCAUCCGCGGCAACUCGGAGGACACGACGCUCCCCCGCCGCGGCGCACCCGGCGACGACUUCUGGCGGCGCUUCAGCAUGGUCGCCAAGUCGGACACGAAAGAGAGCUUCUGGCUCAAGAAGACGCAGAACGGCACCUCGCGCUUGUCCCGCUGGGUCUGGGUCGUCGCCGUCACCAUCCUCAUCGUCAUCGCGGGCGCCAUCGGGCUCGGCUGGUACGUCUCGCACAACAAGCCCGGGCAUACCGCGCCCAAGGCCAUCGGCGGCUCCGCGAACGAGGCCGCCACCUCGAGCGCGCUCCCCGCGAGCGCCGGCGUCCCCGCCGCGUCGAGCAGCCCGCACCCGUGGCAAGUGCCAGCGGGAACGGGAGUGCGGCGGGCCAUCGCAGACGGCUGA